GAAUCAACAUGGCGGCCAAAGAAGUGGAAUUAGGAUUUGCAGAAGAAAUUGGUGACGAUGCUGUUCGUAAACUGCAGAUGACAAGCGCCUUCUUUCCGAGCAAAAUCGGUGGAACCCCAGCAUGGUUGAACUUGCUAGAGUUGCCCAAUUCAAGCUGUAUGGUGUGCAAAAUCUGCCUCAAACCGAUGGCAUUUCUCUUACAAGUGUAUGCUCCCAUGCCACAUGACCAAAGUUUCCAUCGAACGAUCUUCGUAUUUUGUUGUAAAGAUGGCAAUUGUCACUCUAAAAACUACACCGAUUGUUUCCUUGUACUAAGAAAUCAGUUAAAACGCGAUAACAAGUUUUACAGCUAUAAUCCGCCGCCAGAAUUGGACGAAAUUAACGAGCUGUCUAUGGAAUAUGUAGCUGAAGAGUUCAAACCCAAAACAUGGAUCAGUUUAUGCGAUGUGUGCGGGUGUAAAGGGGAUAAGAAAUGUUCUAAAUGUCACGUGGCACAGUACUGUGGCCGUGAACAUCAGACGGUGGAUUGGAAAUCAGGUCAUAAGAACUUGUGUCCGAAACUGUGCGCACAGGAUAGUAAAGAGCAACUGUUACAAGGUGAUUUUAAACUUUUAACUCCCAAGAUCUGAUUGUCAGUUCUAGAUGCUGUACAUUUUCUUGUAAAUUAGUUAUGCUGGAUAGUAUAUGGGUAUUAAGAAGGAAAGGGGACAUGUUGAUCCUAAUAGAGUCAUUUUGCGUUUUACUCCAUGAUCUUAGGAAAGAGGUGUACUGGAGGCCCAUUUAGUAGAAUGGUGUAAAGAAGGUGUAAAGAAUUCUUCAAUAGCCUUCUAUCAUUUGUUUGUGUGAUUUGUCCUAUUUACUUCUUCAUCACUUUAUCUUUUACAGAACAUUCAUUAAAUGUACAGUUGUACUAAAUUGGAUGCAGGAAUGUUUAUAGUUAAACCCCAUAUUAUUUUAAAACCAAGCCAUAGCCUGAGACAAUAAUUAUAUCAUUUCCAAAAUUAUUUUCCAUAUCCAAGAAUUGUGUGCAUAACGAAGCAUGUAGUUGUGCAGAGAUCUUGCAUUGUGUGAGGACUUUGCCUAAUUGAUUUAUUACAAUUAAAAUAAUGAUAUUGAUGAUCACAUUUAACAGGAUGCAUUUCAAGUCUCAAAGUGCUGAAUGGUUGAAUUUCAUAGCAAGCUGUGUAGGGCUUUUAUGUAAAAAAAAUUAGACAAACUAGUCAGAACAUAUUUCAGCACUAAUAAUCAUCAAACUGUAGAAGUUAUUGGAACAUAUAACAGUAAAACCAUUAAAGUUGAAAAUUAUCAAACUAUUUUAAUACCUCCAACAUAUCCCUAAGAACUAAAUUCAGGCCUGUAUGGGAUUUGAACCCAUGACCUCUGUAAGACUGGUGCAGCACUCUACCAACUGAGCUAACAAGCCAACUGGGAGCUGGUCAAUGUGUUGGGUCCAAAUAAACCAUCCAAGUGAUGAAUGAUGAUUUUAGAUAUAUGAAUUCAUAUAUUUGCAAUAUAUAAUUUUGUUUCCUCGCCAUAGUGCAAAUAUAUGAAUUUCAUUUAUCUAAAAUCAUAACAUAUCCCUAAGAGUUUAUCAAAUUUUAGUUUGUUUUUUACGCAUUUUUUCAGUUUGUUUGUAUUUUCUUUUAUUUAUUUGUUUAUUCAUUCAUUUUUGUUUCCAGGCAACAAGUGUAGGAACAGAAGAAUUCUCUUUCCAGAAUAUGAGUUACUUAUUGAAACAGAACCAGUUUUAACUGAUGAAAAUGAGAAAAGUGAAAAGGACAGAUUAGAUGAAUACAAACAGUUUGUGAGAGCAAAUGAGCUGUUCACUGAUACAGAAAGUGACAAAGAACUAGAAUCCUUAGCUUCUCUUGGAAAGGAAGCUUUACUUGCUGAUAAACAGUUUAGGAAAUUCAAAAAGAGAAUUACCAGAGAACCUAAACAGGUCUGUUAAAGAGAGAGUAAGAAAGAAUUGUAAAAUGUUCUCCCCCCCCCCUUCAUUUGGCACUAAAUGCUUAUUGUGCUUGUUAAAGUCUGUUAAUUGGGUGUUGGGUAUUAGAGAUAAUUGUUUCAUUACAUAUCUAACUCAUGCACCAUGAUUGGUCAAUUUAGUGGGCUGUAUUUCACUGGACAGUCUGCUGAAUUCAGAAGUUUGUUUGAAAUGAAAUCUUUCUCCUCUAUUCGACCCCAGAGAUAUAUUUAUAAAUAUCUCAUUAACCUAAUUUUUCUCAGUCUGUACUGUAAAUUAUGGAACCUCCUUUUUUGUCCACUCAGAUUUAUCAGAGUUCUAGUUCUAGGUCCAUUUGGAUGAACUGGGCUGACAAAAAAAAAUUAAUGCUAGCACUUUUGUAAAGACCUUUGCCCUCUCCAUUACAGUCUUCUUUUGAAGACGAUGUAAUGUUAUUAUUAGUCUGUUAGAGCGUAUGUGCAAGUUCUUGGAAUACAACCCUUUCUACAGGGAAUUUUUUGCAAGCUUAGUAAAACACGAGAACUUUUUGUGAUAGAUGUCCUGUUUUGUCCUUCAGGUUUUGCGCUAUCACCAAAAUGGUGAACCUCUCUGGGUCUCUGAUGAAGGCAAGCCUAGCGAAGACGACAUUCCAAGAUGUGAUUGUGGUUCUGAAAGGGUGUUUGAAUUUCAGGUAAUGAUGAUGGUAGCACUUAAGGCUUUUGAAAGCCGUGAUAAUGGAACUUUCUCCAUGUGUGGUGUGUUUUGUUGCAUUCAAUGUUUUGAACAGAAAAUUCUCUUUUUUGUUGCAAAAUUGAAUACUGAAUAUUCCUUUACACAAAUGAAGAGCCCACUAAAAUUUGCCUGUCUUCCAACAUGUGGCUUUACACAGCUCAACCAGUAUCUGUGAGGCACGCAUCCCAAUCCUAUCAAAACCUGACUUUUUCAGGCCUCUUUUUUGUGCAAUUUCUUUCAUUGCAGCUCAUCUCUAAGGAUCAUUUUUGUACUUUAAAAUAAUACAUCAUAAUUCCUAAGAUGUAAAUUCAGUGUAAGUUGUACAAAUAUGUAUCCGGGUAACAACUUGGAGCUGAUAAAGUUGUUUCUUCCCAUUAUGUUGGCUGAGAAAUGCAACAAUAUUGUGAGGAAAAUAUACCUGUACUUGCUUAUCACCUCAGGGAACUAAGGGAUUAAAAUAACCUCUCUUUGUUAUUCCUAAUGGCAAAUAUUUCAGUCCUCAGAUAAGAAAAUUAUCAGGGCAAUAGACACAGUGGCAAAGUGAGUGUGCAUGCUUGUAUGCACACUUGCAAAAAGGAAUGGGAACUACAAUAUUUCCAUAGUAACACUAUCAAGGCAAAAUGAGGGCAUUUUUAAAAUUCUCAUUAUUUGUUUCCAUUUACUGGGGAUGAACCCAAACCAAGACAGACAAGGUUGCCAUUUGCAGGAAAGUGUCCAUUGCACUUUCUCCUUCACACAUCUCACUCAACAAAAAUAUUGUUGUGGUAACAGGUGUGAAUCUAAUGACUGAAGUAGAGAAUCCAUAUCAUGGCUACAAAGUCUUCAUAGCACCUGUUAUGGCUUUUUUUAUACUCUGUUUGAGUUUCUUCUCUUAAAUUAAUCUUUGUCAUGAUUUUUUAAAAUUUUUUAAUUGAUCUUACUAAAGAUUGCUUCUUAAUUUCCUUUUCAGAUUAUGCCUCAGUUGCUCAACCACUUGCAGGUGGACAGUCUCGAAGAAAGUGUUGACUGGGGAACAUUAGUUGUGUACACUUGUGCUCAGAGCUGUGGUGAUGGAAGUUCAUAUCAAACUGAGUUUAUUUGGAAACAAAACUUUGCAGACACAGGGAUACCAACUACUGCCUUAGGAACUGGAUGAGGAGU